CGUCCCGCAAGCUCACCGCACUUACGUCACUACAAAGCUCGCUCACUUAUGGGGAGAAUUCGCGAGUGACCUUUGAGUGACACAGUCACGAGUAUGCGGAAGCCUCUGCGGGAUCGUUCUCGCGUACAAUGUUACAGAUCGUCUCAGAAUCCAAGGAAAUAAUGUAACCGAGAACAAAAGUUCCAACUUCCACCACAUGAGGUCUUUACAACCAAUUUAAAGUUAAUCUGUUUCUUUUGCCGGUUUUGUUUUGAACAUCCUCAUGUGAUCGCAAUUUUGAAGAUAGAAAAUUCACAGGAAGAAAAAAACAAUUUUACAUAUAAACAUUUAAUAGAGUACAAAUGUGUAUCAGUAUGGAAUAUAUUAUUAAUGACAGAAUUCGCAAUUGUGUGGUACCAUGAUUGUGCAUUAAUCAAUCUGGAAGCAAUCUCUUCGAGGCUAGAAAUAUAUGGAUAAUUAACACAAUUUAUAUAUGAAAGAAAUUAAAGAUGGCACGAAAUGCAGAAAAAGCUAUGACAACGCUCGCUCGUUGGAGAGCAGCGCAAAACAAUGAAGGGGUGAGGAAGGAGCAAGAACGGAGACCGUAUUUAGCAUCGGAAUGUAGGGACUUGCGCAAGGCAGAGAAAUGGCGGAUGCAAAUAAUUAGAGAAAUCGCGAAGAAAGUCGCCCAGAUUCAGAAUGCCGGUCUCGGAGAGUUUCGUAUUCGUGAUCUAAAUGACGAGAUUAAUAAAUUGCUUAGGGAGAAGCGACACUGGGAAGCGCAGAUAAAGGAGCUCGGCGGACCCGAUUAUUCCAGGGUCGGGCCUCGCAUGUUGGAUCACGAGGGACGUGAGGUUCCCGGCAAUCGAGGUUACAAAUAUUUUGGCGCCGCGAAAGAGCUACCGGGCGUUAGAGAAUUAUUCGAGCAGGAACCACCACCACCCCCUCGGAAAACGCGUGCGGAAUUGAUGAAGGACAUCGACGCGGACUAUUACGGUUACAUGGACGAUGACGACGGGAUUCUGAUACCACUGGAACAGAAAGCUGAGCAGGAGGCGAGGGAAAAGUGCAUUCAGGAAUGGCUGUCUCGCGAGAAGGAACCGGAAGUCGAGAUCGAAACAACGGCGCAAAAGUUGAUUCCCUCGCAACAGGACAUUCAAGAGGCCUUGUUGAUUAGAAAGAAAAAGGAGUUAUUGGAAAAGUACGGGUAGGUUGAACGCCUGGUCGCCUGGGUCGACGUCACACUUGUAUUAUAGAGUAGAAAAUCAAUUGCGAUAUUUAACUAUUGAUAAAUUUAUUAUUAGUUUAAUUAUAUAUUAGAAUACAUUUUUAUAAAACGCGAUGAAUGUAAUUAUUAUUAAUUCAUAAGCACGUAAUAACAUUGAUUAAGAUAAUUAGUUUGUGCAGUAGACAUUCAAACUUGAAUGCUUAUCAAGAGAAAACGGGUGCCGUAGACGAAAAUAUAGGUAGAAAUCCAAAGAUAGUCUGUUCAUAAUCUUCGCGAUAUCCGAUACCUCUCCCCGAUAUUUUUCUCUUUCGCAACGGAGAACAGGCAAAAUGUUUAUUCCAAUAAUAAAAUUGAUUAACAGAU